GCACCGUGGCUGUGUUGGACUGUGGCCUUCAGUCAACAAUGUCAGGGUCACAUUGACAGGAGUGAGAUCGUGUCAACAUGUCAGGACAGAAUUGAUUCAAAGGCGGCAUCGCCUGCAGCACAAUUGUUUUAUCAAUAUUAGUGUUCUACAAUAUUGAAAGUAUAUGAGACAUUUUAGCUUUAAUAAUAUUUACACCAGGGCCUACAAACUCAUAAAUCUUUAAAGUAAAAGAGUUGAAAAAUGUAAUUGAAAAAAAUAUUGUCUAUCCAUCCAUCCAACCAGCUCAAAAAUCACUGUAGAAAACUGCAACCCUCCUUGGCAUCUCUCCAUCUUUUUUUUUUUAUCAGGUUUGUCUGACCUAAACCUGGGGGCUCGAUAACUUUAAUAAUAUAGGUUAGGGGUUAAUAUUUAAUCACAGAUUCCCUUUGAAGGGUGUAGCAACCACAGAAUAUAAAAGGAGGACUUUUCUGUUCAGUCCGUUACCUCCUGCAGCCAUGAAGGUGCUCGUGUUGGCUCUCGCAGUGGCUCUAGCUGUUGGGCACCAAGUGUCCUUUGCCCCAGAAUUUGCUGUUGGAAAGACCUACGUGUACAAAUAUGAAGCGGUUCUGAUGGGAGGCCUGCCUGAAGAAGGGCUAGCACGGGCCGGACUGAAGAUCCUCAGUGAAGUUAUGAUCCACCCUGUAACUGCUGACACCUUCGUGCUCAAGCUUGAGAAACCUGAACUGUUUGAGUACAGUGGAAUCUGGCCCAAAGAUGCUUUCAUUCCUGCCACCAAGCUCACCUCAGCCUUGGCUGCUCAGCUCUUGACACCCAUCAAGUUCGAGUAUGCCAACGGCGUUGUCGGCAAGGUGUUUGCACCAGCUGGCAUCUCCACCACCGUGCUGAACAUUUACAGGGGACUCAUCAACAUGUUCCAGCUGAACAUCAAGAAGACCCAGAAUGUCUACGAGCUGCAGGAGCCUGGAACACAAGGUGUGUGCAAAACCCACUACGUCAUCAGUGAGGACACCAAGGCUGAACGCAUUCAUCUGUCCAAGACCAAGGAUCUGAACCACUGUCAGGAGAGAAUCAUUAAGGACAUUGGCCUGGCUUACGUUGAAAGAUGCCCCGAGUGUGAAGCAAGAGGAAAGAUCUUGAAGGGAGCUGCUGCCUUUAACUACGUCAUGAAGCCAAUGCCAACCGGUGCUCUGAUCCUGGAGGCCACCACCACAGAGCUGAUCCAGUUCUCUCCACUGAACAUCAUGAAUGGUGCUGCCCAGAUGGAGGCUAAGCAAGUCCUUAAAUUUGUGGAGAUCCUGAAGACCCCAGUGGAGCCAAUCGGAGCCGAUUAUCUUGACCGUGGAUCCCUGCAGUACGAGUUUGGCAGCGAGCUUCUUCAGAAUCCCAUCCAGCUUCUGAGAAUUAGCAAUGCUGAGGCACAGAUUGUUGAGAUCCUAAACCACCUGGUGACCAACAACGAGGCUAAGGUUCAUGAAGAUGCUCCUCUGAAGUUCAUCGAGCUCAUCCAGCUCCUGCGUGUGGCCAGAUUUGAGACUAUCGAGGCUCUCUGGAAUCAAGUCAAAGCUAAACCUGAUCACAGGCACUGGAUCCUGAAUGCCGUUCCCGCCAUUGGUACUCAUGAAGCUCUGAGGUUCAUCAAGGAGAAGUUCCUGGCUGGUGAGGUGACAAUUGCUGAAGCUGCUCAAGCCCUGCUGGCAGCUGUGCACAUGGUGACUGCUGACAUGGAAGCCAUCAAGCUUGCUGAGGGCCUAGUACUCAACCACAAGAUACAAGAAAACCCUGUCCUGUUGGAGAUCGUGUGGCUCGGCUACGGAACCCUGGUUGCCAAAUUCUGUGUAGAGGCAAAAUUUUGUGUAGCGAAUCACGCUUGCCCUGCUAAACUUGUGCGGCCUAUCCAUGAGCUCGCCUUCGAGGCUCUAAACAAAGGCAACGUAGAGGAGAUCACUAUCGCCUUGAAGGUCCUUGGCAACGCCGGACAUCCUGCUAGCCUUAAACCCAUCAUGAAGUUCCUGCCUGGUUUUGGGAGUGCUGCUGCUAACCUGCCACACAGAGUUCACAAUGAUGCCAUCUUGGCCAUGAGGAAUAUUGCAAAGAAAGAGCCCAAGAUGAUCCAGGAAAUCGCUGUCCAGUUGUUCAUGGACAAGGCUCUUCCCGCAGAGCACCGUAUGGUUGCUGCUAUUGUGUUGUUUGAGACCAAAGUGCCCAUGGCUCUGGUGACCACUCUGGCCAAUGCCCUGCUGAAGGAAUCAAAUAUGCAGAUUGCAAGCUUUGUCUACUCUUACAUGAAGGCCCUCACCAGAACCACUGCCCCUGACCUUGCCUCAGUUGCUGCAGCCUGCAAUGUCGCUGUGAAGAUUCUCAGCCCCAAAUUUGACAGACUGAGCUACCGCUUCAGCAGGGCUCUUUACAUUGACGCCUACCACAGCCCCUCUUUGAUCGGUGCUGCUGCCACUGCCUUCUACAUCAACGACGCUGCUACUGUUCUGCCAAAAGCCAUGUUGGCCAAAGUUCGCACUUACCUGGCCGGAGCUUACGCUGACGUUCUUGAGGUUGGUGUAAGAACUGAAGGAAUCCAGGAAGCCCUUCUGAAAAUGGAGGAGGCUCCAGCGAACACUGACAGACUCGCUAAGAUGAGACAAGUCAUCAGGGUUCUUUCUGAGUGGAGGGCUCAUCCCAAUCGCCCACCUCUGGCCUCUGUGAAUGUCAAGUUGUUCGGACAGGAAAUUGCAUUUGCCAAUGUGGACAAAGCGAUCGUCGACCAGCUCAUUGAGAUGGUCAGUGGACCUUCAGUUCAUAGGUUCGGCAGGAGGGCGUUGGAGACUAUGCUGUCUGGGUUCGCUCUGCAUUAUGCUAAACCAAUGCUGCUGGCUGAGGUCCGCCGCAUCAUUCCCACCGCCGUCGGUCUGCCCAUGGAGCUGAGUUUCUACACCGCUGCUGUGGCUGCUGCGUCUGUUGAAUUCCAUGCCAGCGUGAACCCACCUCUGCCUGCGGACUUCCAUGCCACUCAGCUUCUUAAAUCUGACAUCAACAUGAGAGCUGCAAUUGCCCCGUGUGUAUCGAUGCACACCUAUGCAGUUAUGGGUGUGAACACCGCCCUGGCCCAAGCUUCCCUGCUGUCAAGAGCCAGAGUUCACACUAUUGUUCCUGCUAAGAUAGAAGCAAGAAUCGAUAUGAUCAAGGGCAACUUCAAACUUCAGCUCCUGCCUGUGAAGGGCAUCGAUAAGAUCGCAUCCGCCCUCAUCGAGACUGUUGCAGUCGCAAGGAAUGUUGAAGACCUGGCAGCUGCUAGAAUCACACCAGUGAUCCCAGCUCACGGCGUACUUCAUCUGUCGCAUCAUACAUCUUCCCACGAGGCGUCCGUGUCUACUGAGAUUUCUGCAUCCUCCGAGAUCCUGUCUGCCCUGCCAAGACAUGUUGUCAACAAAAUGUCUAUUCCCAAGGCCUACGAGAAGAAAAUGUGUGCAGCGAUCGCCACCUUUGGAAUCAAGGCCUGCACUGAAAUUGAAUCUCAAAACGCAGCUUUCAUCAGAGACUGUCCUCUCUAUGCCAUCAUCGGCAGACAUGCUGUCAUGGUCGAGGUUGCUCCAGCUGAAGGACCAGUCAUUGAGAAGAUUGAGAUUGAAAUUCAGGUCGGAGACAAAGCAGCGGAGAAGAUCGUGAGGGUGAUUAACAUGAGCGAGGAGGAGGAGGUUGUCGAGGAUAAGAACGUCCUCAUGAGACUCAGGAAAAUCUUGAUUCCUGGUUUGAAGAACGCCACAGCAGUUUCUUCUUCUAGCUCCAGCAGUUCACGAGCAAGCAAAUCCUCUUCCGUGUCAUCAGCAUCAUCAUCAUCAUCACGUUCAUCCUCCCACUCCUCUCAACGCCACAGCAAGGUGGUUGAUGCUGCUGCACCCAUCUCCAAGAGAUCCAAGAGAGUGAGCAGCAGCUCUUCCAGCAGUCACUCAAGCCGUCUUUCAAAGAUUUCCAGCUCCAGCCGCUCCAGCCGCUCCAGCCGCUCCAGCCGUGUGUCCAGCAGCCGUUCAUCCCUCGGCUCCAGCAGCAGCUCCAGUGCCAUGUCCAAGCAAGAACAGUUUGACAUCCAGUUCACCAAGAACCACAUCCAUCAGCAUCCCAUCUCAACCGUCCAUUCACACAGCAGUGCCUACAGCUUCGAAGCGAUCUACAAAAAGGCCAAGUACCUUACUAACACAGUUGCUCCUGCCGUGACUGUUCUGAUCCGUGCUGUGAGGGCUGACCAUAAGGUGCAGGGAUACCAGAUUGCCGCCUACCUGGACAGAGCCAACGCCAGGCUGCAGGUGAUUUUUGCCAACCUGGCUGAGAAUGAUCACUUCAGAAUCUGCGCCGAUGGUGUGAUGCUGAGUACCCACAAAGUGAUGGGCAAGAUCGCCUGGGGUCUGGAAUGCAAACAAUACGAGACUGAGAUCACUGCAGAAACUGGUAUGGUGGAUCAGCUGCCAGCACUCCGCCUGAAGCUGACCUGGGACAAACUUCCAAGGAGCAUGAAGCCCUACGCAAGAGACAUCUCUGACUACAUUUCCCGUAUUGCUCAUGAAUUUGGCGUGAAGAUGGCCAAGAACAAGAACAUACCGAAACAGAUCAAACUGACUGUGGCCGUCGCUUCAGAGCACAGCGUGAAUGUUGUGCUGAAAACUCCAACGAGAACUGCUUACAAACUGGCUCUGGGUCUUCCUGUGUCUCUGCCCAUUGGAAACACUGAAGCUGAGCUGCAGAUCUACCAGGACAACUGGGUUGACAAAAUCAUGCACCUGAUCUCCAAGGCUAAUGCAGCCGAGUGCUCUCUGGUCAAGGACACAAUCAUCACAUUCAACAAAAGAAAGAUCCGGACCCAGCUGCCACACUCCUGCUACCAGGUUUUGGCCCAGGACUGCACCCCUGAACUCAAGUUCAUAGUCAUCCUGAAGAGGGAUCAGAUGCAGGAGAAGAACCAGAUUAAUCUGAAGAUUGCAAACAUUGACGUUGACAUGUAUCAACGGGAACAUGGUGUAGUGUUGAUGGUCAAUGGAGUGGAAGUUCCUCUCAGCAACCUGCCCUACCAUCAUCCCACAGCUAAGAUCCAGAUCCUGCAGAAGGAGGAAGGCAUUGCCCUCCACGCUUCAGGCCAUGGUCUCCAGGAGGUCUUCUUCAGUCCCACUGAACUCAAGGUUAAAGUUGCUGACUGGAUGAGGGGACAAACUUGUGGCAUCUGUGGAAACGCUGACGGAGAAAUCAGACAGGAAUUCGUCACUCCUAACCAACGGGUGACCAAGAACGCAGCCAGCUUUGCGUACUCCUGGGUUCUGUCUGGAAAGAGCUGCCGUGACGCCACCGAAUGUCACAUGAAGCUUGAGUCUGUGAAGCUGGAGAAACAGAUUAUGGUUCACGGUCAGGAGUCUAAAUGCUACUCUGUGGAGCCUGUGCUUCGCUGUCUGCCAGGCUGCAUGCCUGUGAGGACCACCACUGUCUCCGUUGGCUACCACUGCCUUCCUGUCGAGGCCAGCAUGAAUCGCCCUGAGAAACUGAGCAUCAUCUCCCAGAAGAGCAUCGAUGUGCACGAAACAGCCGAAGCUCACCUGGCCUGCCGCUGCACCCCGCAGUGUGCCUAAAACCACAGCCACCUGGAAAUUCAUGUCUUACAUAUGGUUUUUGUGCCGUUGUUUGUAACUAUUCAAUAAACUAAGAAGCAAAUG